AUGACCGUGAUGAAUCGAUUCGGCGCCGUUCUUAACAGCUUGUCUUGGCGUAUUUUACGUAAGGACUUUGGUUUAAAAGCAUACGAAAUUCAACUCGUCCAAGAAUUGAAGCCGGCCGACCUUCCGAAUCGUCACCGUUUUAGUGAAUGGGUUCUUGAAAAGAUUGAAGAAAAUCCACUGUUUUCGACCAACAUUUUGUUCAGCGAUGAGGCUCAUUUUUGGCUUAAUGGUUACGACAAUAAGCAAAAUUACCGUAUUUGGGUUGAAGAGCAACCCGAAGAGAUUCGAGAGCUGCCAUUACAUCCAGACAAAACAACCGUUUGGUGUGGUUUAUGGGCUGGUGGAAUCAUCGGUCCACGUUUCUUUAAAAAUGAGUCCGGGCAGAACGUAACUGUGAAUGGCGCUCGCUAUCGCGACAUGAUAACAGACUAUUUGUUGCCUGAAAUUGAAGCCCGUGAUCUCGAUGACAUUUGGUUUCAACAAGAUGGUGCUACAUGUCAUACAGCUCGUGAAACCCUGGCUUUAUUGCGAGAACAAUUCGGUGAACAAUUGAUUUCACGAUUCGGACCGAUUAGUUGGCCGGCUAGAUCAUGCGAUAUCACAACUCUCGACUUUUUUCUUCGGGGCUACGUGAAGUCCAAAGUCUACAUAACCAAGUCGACUACGAUAGAUGAAUUGGAAGCCAACAUCAAACACGCCAUUGACCAAAUACCAGUCGAGAUGCUUAUUAUAUUUAAAAAAUAA